CUCACACUCGGAUAAUUUGUGUCUGUUUCAAGUUCCAGCCGAUGCAACUAAGGUCCUGACUUUGAUUCAUGUUUGGGCCUCAUAUAGUGGGCAUCUUUUAAUAUGGGCUUAUAUAUAUAUAUAUAUGGAUCUGGUAAUCCGAGUCAACUCAGUCGUCUCAAUCCGUGUAACAACUUCAUCGUCUUUUUCAGUUCAACAACUUCAUCGUCUUUUUCAGUUCAACCUCCGACAUCUCUCGUCUCCAGGUGAUUGAUCCCAUCGAAGGGUCUAUGGAAGAGAACAACAACGCCGGGAGCGAUUCCGACUCUAAUUCCGUCGAAGAUUCACAAGACUAUUACGAACCGAUCUCAGCCGUCGAUUUAUAUAACUCCAACGACGAUGAAGAAGACAGUUAUCUUCCGAUCGGUGGAGAUGGUCUCUCUAACGGCCAUUGUAUGAUUCCGGAUGCAGAGGUAGGAAUCUCUUCUAUUAGUAUAAACGAUAACACAGACAGCGAAGAAGAGACAGAGACGGAGACUGGACCGGAGAUCCGUAGAGCGUUUGAGGAGGACGAACGGCGGAGAAGAUCGCCGUUAGUGGAGGAGAAUGCCGUUAGGGUUAUGGAGGCAAUGCGAGCCAUCUCAUUCCCUGGAACGGCUCCUGAUUGGGCCUCCGAUGUUAAUGAGGAUCGUUGGAUUGAUCAGCUUCGAAGAUUGAGAACCACUUCUCAAUAAGCUUUCUCCAAUCUCGAUAGUUGUUUUCGUUUAAGAUCUUUCUCAAUGUUGUUCAAUGUGACUUCUUUUAAACAUUCAAUAUAAAAACCAGAGAAUUUCACCACUC